AUGUAUACACUGAUGAAUGAAGAUAGCAAUCUGUCGGUGAAUAGAUUACCAGGAGCUGUUUCUUCUGGUGUCAGUAUAGAAGAAUCUGAAGCAGAAGCUGAAGCAGAAACCGAAUCCGCAAGUCCAUCGACGAGUACUCCAAUCAGCAAGAGCGGGCGUGUGUUCGUGUGGGGAAGCAAUGCAGACGGGCAGCUGGGGCUGGGCAAUGCCCACGAGACAGUGCCCUUUCCGCAGCAGCUGCCCUUUAGCCACCAGGUCGUCCACAUCAGCUGCGGCUACUACCACACGGCCAUGGUCACAGCUGAGGGCGAGCUGUACACGUGCGGCGAGGGCGAGCACGGGAAGCUGGGGCUGCCGGACAGCGUGGCGGGCGCCUCCACGCCCUCGCGCGUGCUGCUGGGGGAGCCUCUGACGGCGAUCGCAUGCGGCGGCACGCACACGCUCGCGCUCGCAAGGAGUGGAAAAGUAUUUGCUUUUGGUAAUAAUUCACAUGGGCAACUCGGCCUUGGAUCCGAAGUGAAUCAAAGUAUACUUCCCACGCCAGUGGAUUCUUUGGCCGAUUACAAUGUGGCCUCUGUCAGCUGUGGAGAAAAUCAUUCGACGUUCAUCACAGAGGAAGGCGAUUUGUACGUGUGUGGAGAAGGGAGAUACGGAAAGCUCUGCAACGAUGACAUCGAGGAAAAGACUAUAACUAUUCCCUCUCGAGCGCAAAAAUUUGUGGAUUAUAAAGUGCAGAAAGCUGCGUGUGGAGGCUGUCACUCAAUGAUCCUCGCUCACCUUUUCGAAGAAAAAUCGGAACGACAACGAGAUCAUUCGCAGACUCUCAGUCCAUUAUUCAUGGACGAAGAGAGGAAAUAUUCCCGGAUGUCGCAGCUGUCGCCGGCCGUCGUCGUCAACAAGAACUCGGCGCAGAGCGAGUGCGGGGACGAGACGUCAACGCGCGUGGAGCGCGGGAGCAUCCAGUCUAUCGACAUGAACGGCAACGAGGACGCCCUGUCGGCCACCGCCGCGGACCAGGAUUCAUUGUCGAACGAAACAGAACGCCUGGACAAUGAUUUUCAAGAAGAUAUGAAAGACGAUGAUGAAAUUGAAGAGCUGCUCGCAGACAAAGACGAUAACGAGGAAGACGAAAAGGACAACGACGACGUCGCUGUGGAGCCCGAGGAAAAGAAACAGGGCAGGGUGGCGCGGCUUCUCAGCGCCUUUCCGGCGCAAGAAGCCCGCGUCGGCGUCGCGGCGUCGGGGCGUCGGGGCGGCGGGGGCGGCGGAAGGCGAGGCGACGAGGCCAAGAGCCGCAGUCAGAGCGGCCAGUCCAACAUCAGGGACGCCACCGGCGAAAAGAAGUCGAAAGCAUGUAUUCUCCUGUAG